AGCAAAAGAGUUGCAGCACCAUAAACCCCCCCAAAUCCAGGCCUAAUUUCACUCCAUUUCCUCUUCACCAUCCAUCCACAAAACCCCCCCAUUCCCAAACCCUAACCCCACCAACCAACCCACUCACUAAUGUCCACAACCACCGUUUCCAAAGGCUCCACCGUAGAAGUCAGCAGCAACGAUCCCGGCUUCCACGGUGCAUGGUACGUUGCCAGCCUCAUCGACCAACUCCCACCUUCCCCCACCAACGAACUCAAAUACUUAGUCAAAUACGAUACCUUACUUACAGAUGAUACUCCCAAUAAACCAUUAACAGAAAUCGUAAACCCCUCGUGUGUACGCCCAUUGCCGCCUCGUAAUCUCCGCCGCAACAAUGUUAAAAGUGCGGCGGUUGUUGUAGCGGAGAGUAGUGGUGGUGGCAGUGGUGGUGGUGGUGCUGAUUUUGAGUUGUAUGAUGUGGUGGAUGCGUAUCAUAGGGAAGGGUGGUGGAUUGGGGUGGUGAAUAAGGUGGUGAAUGGUGGUGGGGUUAGGAAGUAUCUUGUUUCGUUUGAGAAUCCGACGGAGGAGGUGGAGUUUGGGAGGGGGCAGCUUCGGUUGCAUGUCGAUUGGGUUGACGGGCGGUGGGUGGUUCCGCCGAAGAAGAUACCAGAGCAUGUAUUAGCUGCUAGAAAUGCUAAACGUGCAUUAGAGUCCAACAACGAUGCUCAUCCAGGCCUUGAAACACCAGCUAAUGGUGCUCAAACAACUGAUGUAGACGACCCAACUGUUGACCCGUUACUGUCUUCUUUAAAAAAGAGUGCUUCAAAGAAAAACACCGACGGCAGUUCUGAGACGGUUGGUGACGUGGAAGCUUCGGUUCCUUCUAGAAAGAAUAAAAGAAUUACGAGCUUGUUAGAACAAGAUUCAGGUGGAAAAAAGUUACAAUCUUCAGCAGGUAGCAAGGGAAACACAAAAGUUAAGGCGUCGAUGACGGAAAAACACAUAUCUGAUGCUAAUAAUGAAGAUUCACCUGUUGUGGAACACGAAAUGAUCACCACAGAAAAUUGUGAGACAGAGGAUGGCAAGAGCAGUCAGAAAAAAAAGAGGGGAAGACGACCAAAAUUACUGUCUAAAGGUGGACCUGAAAUCACCGUUGAUCUUGAUGAGCAACCUCUAUCUCAACUGGCUGGUUUAAAGAGAAGUUCCUGUUUUCGUCCUGACCACGGUGAUGAACCUCCGAAUCAAGCCACUGUCACCAGUGUUGGAACCACCGAAUACGAGAAAAACUGGCCGUUUAUCAAGCGGUCGCCUAUCUGGGCCACCAUUGCAUCUCUAGAGAUAUACCAAACACCACCUCAACAACCACACUUUUCACCGUUGAAGAAAAUCAAAGAGGACCAUCGAGAGGGUUUAGCCAUUGCCCACAUGGUGACAUUCGGGAAUCUUGUCCAGACGCUUUCUGACAUUCAACUUACCGACCCCGUUAACGUAAUGAACAACAGUUUGGAAAUUUUAGGCGACUUGGAGACUCAUGGGUUUAACGUGGGUGCGCUUCGAGGUCGUUUAAACAAGUUACUUUCUUUGAAAUCGAAAGUGAGUCAGCACGGGAUCAAGCUGAAGAAAGCUGAAGCGGAGCUUGAAAAGUGUAAUGGCGAAAAGUGUGCGGAGGAGAAGGAGUUUAAGGAAAUGGAAAUGAAGAUGAAGGAGUUGCAGGAAAAGAUGGCGCAGAGUGUGACGAGGAUGGAGGUGAAAGAGAAGGAAAUUAUGAGUUUGAAAUCGAACUUGCGUCAUGUUUCUGAACAAAUAACGGAUUGUGAGCUUGCUUUUAAAAAACUUGCAGCCACCCCUUUGCAGGUAGGCACAAUUGUCAUGGCUCACUAAUAAGGUAGAGAUCACAUUU